GUGAUUUCAAAACCUGCCGGGUUUCGGGUUUUCAGAGAACUUCUGGUGGGAGACCGGCGCGACCGAGUUUCACCAAAGCCCGAACACUUUCAGAUCGUCUUUUCGGAUCCAUCCGAAGUUUCUCGGGGGAGGUGGGGUCUUCGACAUGAACCCAGAGGCGGAUUACGGAGGCUCCGGGAGCAGCGGCAACGGGAAACUGCGCCAGUGGCUGAUCGAGCAGGUGGACUGCGGCAAAUACCCCGGCCUGGUGUGGGAGAACGACGAGAAGAGCAUCUUCAGGAUCCCCUGGAAGCACGCCGGGAAGCAGGACUACAACCGGGACGAGGAUGCCGCGCUGUUCAAGGCCUGGGCCCUGUUCAAAGGGAAGUUUCGGGAGGGCAUCGACAAGCCGGACCCGCCCACCUGGAAGACACGCCUGCGCUGCGCCCUCAACAAGAGCAACGACUUCGAGGAGCUGGUGGAGAGGAGCCAGCUGGACAUCUCCGACCCGUACAAAGUUUACCGCAUCAUCCCCGAAGGAGCCAAGAAAAGACCCAGACAGGAGGACAGUCCUCUGAGUCCAGUGAGCUAUCAGAUGCAUCCCUCCUACACUGCCGUGCCGACUCAGAUGCCGCAGUACAUGCCCACCCCAGACUGUGGAUGGAGGGACUACUGCCAGGAGCCGGCCUCCCUGCCGGAGCUGCCCUUCCCUCAGUGUCCCUGUCCCCCCCGCAGCCUGCCGUGGCAGGGCCCGUCCAUGGAGAACGGCUACCAGCUCAGAGCCUCCAUCUACUCGUACGGGCCGGACAGCCAGCCGUCACCUUUCACGCUGGACGCCGGCAUCAGACCAGCGGAGGCGCUUCCAGACUACCGCCUCCACGUCUCCGUGUAUUCACGGGACACGCUGGUGAGGGAAGUGACCACCUCCAGCCCGGACGGAUGCCACAUCACGCCGUACUCGCCCGAGAAGCACUACCUGACGCCCGGGAGUCCCGAGGUGGUCCCCCUGCCCGUCGACGGCCCGUCGGCCCAGAGGAGGGCCGACGAGUGUCCCUCCAGUCCGCCGUCCGGCCUGGAGAGGGGCGUCCUGCUGUGGAUGGCCGCCGACGGACUGUACGCUCGCCGCCUGUGCCAGAGCAGGGUGUACUGGCAGAGGGGCCCGGCAGGGUACGGAGACAAGUUCAACAAGCUGGAGAGGGACGUCAACUGCAAGCUGCUGCACACACAGGACUACCUGACAGAGAUCCAAAGCUACACGCUGCACGGCCGGCCGCUCCCCGCCUUCCUGGUGCUGCUGAGCUUUGGAGACGAGUGUCUGGACCCUCAGAGGCAAAGGCGGACCCUCACUGUCCAGGUGGAGCCGCUGUUCGCCCGGCAGCUCCUGUUUUACCCCCAGCAGACGGGCUACUUCCGCAGCUUCGAGCACCCGGGGGUCACCGAGCACAUGAACUCGUCGGAGGACUACCAGCGGGCCAUCACGCACCACCACAGCGGCAGCCUGCAGGAGUGAACCGGGGCGCCCUCACCGGCCGCUCCGGGCCCCGUUUACACCGCCACUUAGAGCGAAGACGCAAAACUUGUGUUUGUUUUUUUGUUUUGGUGUCCGUUUACACGACAGUACAGCUCUGAGCCAAUGAAAGCGCAACUUUUUGAAAACAAAAGUCAAAGUUUUUUUUAACAAGGUUGACAUGAAAAUGCAACAACGAUGAGUUUUAACUUGAAACGCUGUCGUGUGAACGGCGCCUCGGACUGCGGCGAUGGAGCCGGACGCGACAGGACGGACCUGUCACUGCUUGUUUUCCUUGUAAAGUUUCUCUGUGUAUAUAUACCCGUGUCUGAAGACAAGAGCUGCAGAGUCAUUUUCAGACGAGUGCGAUGUGUUUAAUGCUCAGGAAUGAAUUUAAAACUUACUAUGCAUCUGAAACUGACAGCGGAGAUGAUUGUACUGUUGAAAACUGAUCGAUUUGUAAGGACAACAUGCUAAUUCAGUUCGCCGACAAGUGUUAGCUAAAAAAAAAAAAUUCUUACAACCAAAGAUCCAAACAAAAACAAGAAAAUGUCCCAUGUAAACACAAAAACAUAGUCGUAAGACGAGUGAGAUAAUACGGAUAAAUUUGGAAGCUCUUUCCAGUCAUUGUGCUAAUCAAGCUAACGAGCUUGCGAGCAUUUAUCCACAGUCACUGAGGCCAUAAAAGUAUAAAUUACUUCUGUAACUGAAGGCUAAAUGAUACUGAUCUAUCCAAACCCGCAUAUACAGUGCUGCUGUCUGUCUGCAGCACAGUGCAGUGUGGAUUUUAUUCUUGUACAAAGUUGAUUGUUGGAGACACUAUCGCUUCAUUUACCAGCAGAUUGUGAAUGAAGUCAUGUGCUCAUCUGUUUUUAUAAGAAACUCAGGAAGCCACUUCUAGAUAAGCUUUUCGGUUCCUUCUGUGUUUUUUUUUCCUUUCCAACACCACGUAGUUUUCUUUUUCAACUGUAAAAAGUGAUCGGGUCUGAGAAAGUGUGAAUGUUCUGUGAUUUUUAUCGUUUCCUAAUAAAACUGUAAGACGUG